AUGCCCAAAGGAUACCGACCCCCGGCUAUCGAGGAAUACGAUGGCAGUAAAGAUCCUGAGGACCAUCUCCGCAAGUUCCGAAACGCAGCUCUGCUGCAUCAAUACAGCGACGCCGUUAAAUGCCGAGUGUUCCUGAACACUCUAUCAGGCUCUGCCCAAAAGUGGUUCGAUGGACUGCUGCAUGGGUCUAUCGCCUGCUUUUCUGACUUCAAGAUUGCGUUCUUGCGCCAUUUCACCAGCAGCAGGAAGUAUAAAAAGACAAACCACUGCUUAUUCACUCUCAAGCAAGGGUCUGCUGAACCAUUAAGAAGUUAUAUCAAGCGCUUCAACCAAGUAACCCAGGAUGUUCCCUCGGCCAUAUCAGAAAUACUUAUGAGCGCCUUCUCUCAUGGGCUGACCGAAGGAGAGUUCUUUAGAGAUCUCAUAAGAAAUCCUGUAAGGAAUUUUGAUGAGAUGCUGGAGAAGGCGACCAACUACAUUAAUGUGGAAGAAGUGCAGGCGGCGCGAAGGAAGGUAGAUAAACCGCCUCCCUCUACCAACAGGCCGGAGAGAAGAGCACCUCAACCGCCUGCUCAAACUCUCCCACGUGCUCAAGACGCCCGGCCAACUUUCCACCCCAGUCAGGACGCCUGA